UUAACUACUUCGUACUUCCUGAAAAUGCAACAGUAAUUGCCAUUGGGCUUUUGUUUUAAUCACGCCUACCUUAAUUCUCUACCUUUACCUAGUUUACCUUACGUUCUCUUAAUACAGCCAUGAUCAUUUGACAUUAGCCAUUUAACUAACGUAGCCUACUUAGCUGGCUCUAGACAGUGGUUUAUUGUCGCUGAACAGAGACAGGAGCUGGUUGUCUGCUGUUGGGUGUUUCUUGUGUGUUGUAUGGAUACGAUAUGUUGGAUACGAGUUAAAAAUGGAUUCACAAGUUGAUCUUCAGCAAACAGAUAAUAGCAAACCAGCUGAAUCAACAGAUCAUCCUCCGAGGAUGACCAGACAGCAGACUCUCACCCUAAUAUCAAUGGCAUCUGUCAACUUCAGUUCAAUGAUCUGUUACUCAAUAUUAGGCCCUUUUUUCCCCAAUGAGGCAGUCAAGAAGGGAGCCAGUCAAACUGUCAUUGGUCUCAUAUUUGGCUGCUAUGCUGUCUGCAAUUUCAUUGGCUCAUUGAUAAUGGGGAAAUAUAUUGUCCAAAUUGGUGCAAAGUUUAUGCUCGUGAUGGGGCUUUUUGUUUCGUCAGGCUGCACCAUUCUGUUUGGGUUACUCAAUCGGGUACCUGCGGGACCCAUUUUCAUAACUCUGUGCUUCGUAGUGAGGUCCAUAGACGCUUUAGGCUUUGCCGCUGCGGCGACCUCCUCUUUUGCCAUUACAGCAAAAAUAUUCCCGAACAAUGUGGCAACUGUUUUGGGUAGUUUGGAGAUUUUCACAGGACUUGGUCUUAUUCUGGGGCCACCGGUCGGAGGGUGGUUCUACCAGUCUUUUGGAUAUGAAGUCCCUUUUAUGUUUCUUGGAUGUUUCCUGUUGAUUAUGGUUCCAUUCAACAUAUUUGUCUUGCCAAACAUAGAUUCAAACCCAUCGAAGGAUUCAUUCUUUCGACUUCUCACCAAUGUGAAAAUCGUCCUGAUCUGCUAUGUGAUAUUCACUCAGAGUGCAGGACUGGGCUUCGUGGAUGUCUCUUUGUCCCUGUUUGCUAUGGAGAGGUUUAAUCUCUCAUCUGGCUACGUGGGAUUCAUCAUACUUGGUGUGUCAUUACCAUACUGUCUGGCAUCACCGCUGAUUGGGUAUUUUACUGAUAAAUAUCCUUCCACCAGGUCUUGGUUCAUGGUGAUAGGAGGUGUCGCCACAGCCAUUGGCUUCUUGAUGCUCGGUCCCGUCCCUUUCCUUCACAUCCCGAGUAAUCUGUGGUUGCUGAUCAUCAUGCUUGGUUUAAUUGGGUUUUCUCUGAGCAUGACUAUAAUCCCCACGCUCUCUGAGAUCAUCACAUGUGCAAAUGAACAAGGAUAUGAAGAAGGAUUAAGCACUCUUGGAAUGGUGUCUGGACUGUUUGAUGCAUUUUGGUCCAUUGGGAUGUUUUAUGGCCCAAUAGUGGGUGGCCUUAUAACACAACAUCUGAGCUUUGAGUGGGCAGCUGCAGUCCAAGGAGGCUUGGUGCUUUUGGGUGCCCUUUUCCUAGCUGUGUAUUACCUGUGUCAUCCCCCGCAACAUCAAAGAAGUGUUCGAGAAGAUCUACGAACAGAUGAAAACACUCCUCUCCUGACUGAAUGAAGCCCUCAGCAACAUGUGGAAGGACGCCAUACCGUACAAAACAUGAUCUAAAUGUCUCAGCUGCUCUGGGCAUCAACCUCCAAGUUACUCAAAUGGUUCCAUUGUUAUCAAUGGCUUUUUGAUGUUCAUAUUGUAAAUUAUGAAGGAAUAUAGUCAACCACUGGAAAGUCCAGACAAGCUGAAUGAGUCUACUGAAGGAAAAACACCCACUUGUGUGUUCACUAACUCUAUUCACCCCAUGUCUGUGUUCAGUUAGUAAAGUGGCAUCAUGCAUUGCAUAACUUGCUUAUAUUUUAUUUGACAGACCAAAUGUCAUAAGGUUACCCAGUUGUCCACUGAAGCAUUAGAUGUUUUCUAAAAUAAUUUCCAAGUGUCACCCCCCAAAAAAUAAAAUAAAUCUAUUUAUCUAAUUUAUCUUAAUUAUUUUGAAAUGAAAAUACACAUUAACAUAUAGGUAACUCAAAUACUUCUUUAAAAUUAUAGCAACAAGCAGAAUACUUAGUAUCCUAGUUGCAUCGUUUCAGGUCCGUUCCAAAAAUGAAACUCAUACCAUACAUAAUGUUAUGGUUCCAGGAUUUAAAGGACCCAAAUGCAGGGAGAGGCAGGCAGGCAGAAGGGUUGAGCUCCAGGAUUUAUUUAACCAAAAACGGCAGCACGGUGGCUGGAAAAAUCACAGGGAAAAAUACUCGCAGGGAACAAAGUAACGCAGGGAAGAAUCCAAACAAAGACCCUGUUUACACGUACAUGGUUAUUUUUACAAACUGAGACAUUUCCCUUCAUUUGUGCCCUUCAUUUACACGCAAGCGGAGAAUUUGCCUCUGAAACGGAGUCUUUCUAAAA